AUGGGACGUUUUACGUGCCGCAACCGGCAAUGCGCUAGCGGGGGCUGGUUCAGUAGGACAAUGGGCAUAUGGAUUCGGCAGUUCCGCGGCGGUCGCUACAACGCCAUAGUCUACAGCCAGGAGUGUGAGCUGUGUGGUUGGCUCGGCUGGCUAACUCUCGACCGAGGCUCCCAUAUAGAAAGGGUACCAUACUGGCUCAAGAAGUGGGCGGGCGUGCCAGUGGAGCCACCUCCUCGCCGAGAAAAAAGGGGCCCUCCCCACAAACAACAGCUUUGCGAGGGAUGCAGGAGGGGUUUGUGUCAGGUUGGCAGACGCCGCAUU